AUGACAGCACCGACGGUUAUCUUACAAGGAACUCAUCAGACCUCCAGCCAGAGGCCAGCCGUCUCUACAGACUCUUCCUCCAAGGUGGUGCCACAGCACACGAGCCUGGCACCGGGAACUGCGACCACGCCUCCCGUCGGGAAACCCCCGAGCUCUAUCUCCGAGUUGCCUACAACUGUCCCCCAGGGCCCCAGCACGCCUUCUCCCAGCUCGGCUCUUGGGAAUGACAGGAUAAAGUGCGAUCCUCCUGAGAAACUGAGUGAGAAACUGCUUGUCCUGAACUUCACGAGACCCAGCCCGUGUCCAGACAGUUCUCCUCUACAUGACAAACUGGUCACGCUUCUGUGCCGCGCAGCCAAGGCCACUUUCAGCCCGGCUCAUGAUAAGUGCCGCGUACUGCUGGCACCAGUUCCAGAAAUCGACGCGGUGGCAGUCAAAGAAAUCACGAUCCAGACAAACCUCCCUCCCGAGGAUAUAUACGAACAGCUGAAGGACAAAUGGGAUGACCUGAAAGAGGUGGGAGUCAGUCACAUGCAGCUGGGGGACCAGGGACCACCAGAAGAGGCCGAGGACCGCUUCAGCACGCCCCUCAUCAUCACCAUCGUCUGCAUGGCGUCCUUCCUGCUCCUCGUUGCGGCCCUCUAUGGCUGCUGCCACCAGCGCCUCUCCCAGAGGAAGGACCAGCAACGGCUAACAGAGGAGCUACAGACAGUGGAGAAUGGUUACCAUGACAACCCAACACUGGAAGUGAUGGAGACAUCUUCUGAGAUGCAGGAGAAAAAGGUCAACCUUAAUGGGGAGCUGGGGGACAGCUGGAUCGUCCCUCUGGACAACCUGACCAAGGACGACCUAGAGGAGGAAGACACACACCUCUAAUCAGGUCUGCUGGCGGCCUCCAGCAGCACCGCAGAGCUCCGGGCCAACCACCCGAAGUGCCACUUGGACAGGGGAAGGGACAGACUGGGGAGGGAGAGUGGACUGUCCUCCGCAUCCCCCCGGGGCCUUAAUUUUUCCCUUUUCAAGCUGAAUAAGUCACAUUCUGUGUAGAUUCCUCUUGUAAAAUAACCCACUAGUGCCUGAGCUCAGUGCUGCUGGAAGGUGAGAAGGGAGACCAAGAGCGAGCCACGCGAGAGACUGCGGCGAUCGCCUCGUAGAUCCUUCAGCUCGCAGUGAGAUUACCAAGGCCUGAAGAGGGUAAGGGACUUGCCCGAGGUCAUAGAGCCACUUGGUGACGGGACGAAAACAAAAGAUUCCAUUUGCACCAUGCCACACUGCUGUGUUCACUCGUGCCCUCUCUCCAGAGCUUCCCUGGACAAGGGUGAACCCCAGUGGGCGGACGGGCGAGAAGGGGCGCAGGGUAGCACCUGGCGCAGGUGGAUCUCACUACUUGAAAGCACAGGUCCCAAGUCUCCUGCCUGGCCUCGCCUGCCAGCCUUCCUGCGCCCUUUAUUCCUGCCCUCCCUUCACUCCCAGUUUAUUCCCAUUCCAUCCCAGGGCCCCUGGGACUAGCCCAGGUCAUUCAUGACCUUGAACCCCUUGUUCUGGAUUCUGAUUUCCUUGCAUUUGCUUGGUGACAUUGGGACUCUGCCCACGGGAGACGCUAUGUGAGCUGGGUCUGCUUAAGGGGCCCACAUGUGGGUGCAGAGAGCGGGAGGUUUCUUGCCACAGGCUGGGGGUCCGCACGCCCAUCGCCCCAGCACUCCUUGCAGGAGCUCCCCAAGGUCUCCCUUGGCCUUCCUCUCCCGCUGGGGACCAAACGCUGCAGAAGCUACUGAGAGCAGGUGUCCUGCUUUGGUGUUCACUGCUCAGCCCACGGGGCGAAGGCCCUGAGGCCCAGUGGGAAGGAGAAGUAGCUGUAGGAGAGACCUUCUCUGUGGCCCCCUGUCAGCAGAGAUGUCUUCACAGACAAUCCAUUGACACGUCCAGGAAGGACAGGCUUUACUCUCUAUUUCAUAGGAAACUCAGGGGCUUGUCAAGUUGCUGGAGUUUUGUUACGUUUGUUUGUUUUUUAAUCCAGCCCUCCACUGCCAAAGGCCAAAGCUCAAGUUGUUGGAGACUUUCAGUUGGCCGAUCUCACUGAUUCUGGUUCUCCUACGCCACGGGGAAAGAGAGGCCCAGAAUGUGCAGUGCAUUUUAAGGUGCAUAAGGGGCAGCCUGGGGACUAUUUCCAGUAACUUCUUACUGUCGUGGCAUAGAGCUGGGCCUUGCUGUUUCCUCUCCUCCCCAGUCCUCCUGGGGCUGCUGCAGUUCUCCUGAAGCUUCUGGUGGCAUCUCAGGGAAACACAAAGCCAUGUCUAUUCCCCAGUAUGGGGUUUUUGUAGGCUCAGCAGUUAGCUGCCAUAUAGAAGGCUCCUGAGGACUGGGCAUGGUGAGGUUUAAUCUGAUUUUCUGAAAAGGGGGAGUGCUGUGUGGAAUUUUGACCUUUGGCCAUGGUCACCACCAUGGGCAUGAACUCCCUGGACUCAACUAGGAAGAUGGGCAGAACUGCUCACGGGAAAAUGACCAUUUCAGGAUAAAAAGUACCAACUCCAGGGUCCUAGAGGCAGGCCCAGGUUGUGAUAUUUCUGAUAAAAUAGGCCAUCUGCUUUGGAACAGCUUAUUUGACAAGGCAGGGUGGUGGGGAGAAGAUCUGUGUCCUUCCCUGUCUGCCCGAUUCCUUCUUUAUUGCCUGUGGCCAUUUGUGUCCUUGGGGAAGAGGAAAGCCAAGGCUCCAGGCAGGGCCCCAGUGGAUCUCCCAAGCGUUGAAGAGAUGCUAGGCUAACAAGGAUCCAGCGGCAUUUGCCCCGAGUCUGUAGUAUUUGGAGGUUGGGCAGGAUGGAGAACAGUGCCGGUGUGGGGAAAAACAGAACUCUUACUACACUGGAAUGAGGUCUGUUUGCUUCCUUCCUGCCCCACAUUUGGUUCUUUCCACCCUGUGGGCUUCUGUCCUGGCCUCCGUGGGAGAAGCCAGACUGGAUUAUUAGGCUUUUGCUGAUGCUGGGUCACAUUUCACCAGCCGGGGCUUUGGACAGAGAUAGCAAAUAUGCCUCUGCAGAUUGCUCAAGGGCUGCAACCCAAGGUCUCUUAGAGAGAGAGCUGACGACUGCAAGGGCUGGAGAGCAGGAGUUAUGCCUGGUCGAGAGGAGCGACUGGCUCUGUCAAAGGAGAACCUCGAUAAGGCUUGGGCCGAUUCAGAGGUUCCUUCUUUUUCUUCAUCCAAAUUGUGUUGCCCUAGCCCUUUAGGGCACCUUCAGAAGCCAAUACCUUGCAUCUUGCUCUUGCCACUAGGACACCUGUGUCAACAGGCCAUACAUACGGCCAUGCUUCUGUAACGGUCAUCUUCUUCCCCCAUUUUUGCUGGGUUCCAAAUGCUGUCUGGUAACUCAGAUUCUGGGGCUGAGAAGAGGAGGAACACCAAGAGCUCAGCAUGACUUUAAACAAGUUGUACCAAAGAGAGGUUAUGAACUCUUUAUUUCAGUGGCAAACUCUGGUUUCCCCAAGCUGCGCAGCAGGGCAGGAGCCUCGAAUCUGACAAUUGGGCAGAACCAAGUGGGAAGCAGGCUGCCGUGGGAGUGGGGCGAGGGGCAGCAGUGCUCGUGAAGGAGGUACAGAACAUUCUUUGCAUCGUAAGGCAGGAUACGGGUUUAAUCUAGUCUAGAUACCAGAUUUUUCCCCCUUCUUCGUAAGGAAAGCUAAGCAGAAAGUUUAUUUAAACCACUUCUUGAGCUUUAUCUUUUUGACAAUAUACUGGAGAAACUUUGAAGAACAAGUUGAAACUGAUGAUACAUGUAUACAUAUUUUUUGAUACUGUAAAUACAAUGGCCAUAUGUUAAUCCACCCUGCACUGCUUUGUGUGAAUAUACUUUGAAAAAACACUGUGUUAGCUAAGAGAGAUGGCUGUUUUCUUCUCUGAACAGGAAUGUACAUGUCUGUUGUAUUAGAAAUGACAAGUUUUUUUUCUUUAAAUGAAAAAUGAAAUGUAACAAGACAGGCUUAUGACAAAAGUAUUAUAUUUGUCUUGCAGAUUGGACAUUUUUAUUUUAAAAUAUGACCCUCACCCCCUCCCCAGCACACCAGCCCCAGCACAGUAAAGGCUGCAGUCGGUAUGCACUGAGCGGAAGGCGCCACUAGUCAUAGAGAAAGGGAUUCAUAGAUCUAGUCCAAUCUUUCCCUACAGAAAAAGAACCUGAAGCCCAGGAAGAUAAAGUGACUUGGCCCAGAUCACAUGGUUCAUGACAGGAUUAAAACCCGGGUCCACAGACUGUCCAGUGCCGUGUGCCUCAGGAGGAAUCAGUGAAUUAAGGACUGGUCAUGGCACCAGAAUGUCACAAAGGACAGAAUCCCCUUCCCAAACCUUACCCUAGUAAGGCUAGGGAAGGCAUGAAACAAGAACAGCGAUCUCGCGGGUCCUUUACAUUUCCUCCAGGUCGUUCAGGUCUAAGACGCAAAUGAACAGUUCUACCUACCAAGAAACAGUUUUGAAUGAACUUUUACAUAUGGGACUUCCACUAGCAGGACUGAGGGUCCAAGGGAACAAGAUAGGGGUAGGCAGAGAGAACAGGAGUAAAACAGUAGCCCAGCUUUUAUCGUUGUCACUAGCUGAUGCCCGUGGGCCUGCUGAAAACCCAACCCGGAGUGAAAGGAGGGGAUUACUAUUUGAUGUGGGUCACUUUGUUAUUAGCGAAUGUUAAACACUUUGCCCAGGAGACUGGGGGAGCAUGUGUCUUAGUGGACAGGGGUCUGAAGUACACUGGAAUUUACUGAGAAACUUGUUUGUAAAGACUAUCGUUAAUUAUUGCAUUUUCUUACAAAACUAUAUUUUGGAAAAUUGUAUACCGUUAAUUAAAGUGUUUUUGUGUAAA